AUGGCAACUUUAAAUGAAAAGAAGACAUGCAGCCAAAGAAUGGAGAACUUCCAGCGUUUCUUAUGGAAUCCGGAAACAGGGCAGUUAAUGGGAAGAACCUUGAUUAACUGGGUUUGGAUCAGUCUUUAUUAUGUUGCAUUCUAUGUGGUAAUGACUGGACUGUUUGCACUUGCUAUAUAUUCUUUAAUGAAGACACUCAAUCCGUAUACACCGGACUACCAAGAUCGAUUAAAAUCACCAGGCGUGACAUUACGACCAGAUGUGUAUGGAGAAAAAGGACUGGAAAUUUAUUACAAUAUUUCUGACCCGGACUCCUGGGAACGUUAUGUUAAAACUCUUCACAGCUUUCUUUCAGCUUACAACGAAACUGCACAGCAUGCCAACAGGAACUGUACUAUGGAAGGAUACUAUUUUCAAAAGUCUUUUGAUGCUCCACACCACACAAAAUAUUCCUGCAAAUUUACACAAGAUAUGCUUCAAAACUGUUCGGGUCUGGCGGAUUCUAAUUUUGGUUUUCCAGAAAGAAGCCCUUGCUUAAUAAUAAAAAUGAACAGAAUUAUAAAUUUUCUCCCUGGCAACGGCACUGCACCAAGAGUGAACUGCACAACACUGGGAGAUGAUGCCAGUCCGCUGGAGGUAGAUUAUUAUCCUACAAAUGGUACUUUUGCCCUUCACUACUUCCCAUAUUAUGGAUUAAAAGCACAGCCUACCUACAGCAAUCCACUGGUGGCAGUGAAGCUUCUCAACAUGCCCAUAAACAAAGAAGUAGUCAUUGUAUGUAGAGUUAAUGGUACUGGAAUUACUUCAGAUAAUCCUCACGACCCGUACGAAGGAAAAGUGGAAUUCAAAGUCAGGAUACAAAAUUGAGUAACGAGAGUGCCGAGCUCAUUGAGGAUAACUCCUUGUUGUCUGGAACCUUCAUCCAGGACAGCAGAAAUGGAUUAAGUCACACUGUUGGUUGUCAAAUGUAUUAUUGUUUUACGACAGCAGAAAAAUGAACAAUCCAGAAUUCCAGCAAUGGAUUACUCAACUUAAUUCCUCACUCGUAAUACAUGACCCAGAUGCUAACAAGUCGUAUGGCAAGUCUACACCAAUGCUUAUGCGUAACUGUUUAUUAUACACCUGUAAUUUGAAAAACGAACAAAACCUAUGAAUGCUAAUCCACACCUCUCCCCCUUUUCUCACUCAAAAGCUUUUUUUAAAAAAGUUCGUUUUUGUUUUGUAUUUGUUGAAUUGAUGUAAGCAAAUAAUUUAAUAAUUGCUUGAACAGUCAUUAACACGCUGUAUAAUAUUUUAGUAUCAUGCAACUUGUAUUUGUAACAUAUGGUUUCCAUUUGAAUGUCUGCAGUUUGAUACAAAACGUCUACAGAGGGCAACUACGUAAAAACUUUUCGAAGGCCCAAAGCCAUCCGAAAACAAGUCACUACUGUAAUAUUCAACUGUACAAAACUUACUUUCAAUGUACCAGUGCUUUAGCGCAGAUGCUAAUGUGA